AUGGCGCUGAGGGGUAAAACAGCCGGAGAAAUUCCGAAAGAUGCAGUCGAACUAACGAAAGUUGAAGCUACUAAUUAUGUUUGGGAGCUAAUUUCUAAUUGGGACUCUUUCUCCGACACGUGGGCAUUACGUUACGGCCCCGUGGUGCUGGGCAUGAGCGCGCUGUCUGGCGUCAUUAUCAAUGACCACUACAGGAAGAAGUUGAAGUUGGGCAACUUUGGUUUCUUCUCCUCUGUGAUACCCAUUUCACUGAUGCCUGGGUUUAUGACUGCAUUGUUCCAUAGACAUUUGGUAUCUACAGAGAUGUUACUGAUGAAAGAGGCCUGUCCAGUCUGCUAUGAGCUCAAGGCCGCAGCCAUCCAGUGGGGCUUCGGUAUCGCCUAUCCCAUGGUUCUGGGACCCACAUCAGCCUUAAUGUUCGCCAACAGAUACUCCACAUACCGAGUACCCAACCUAAUAGAAGGACCUAAAGUAAUAUUCGAAUUCCUUUCAAAACUUACGAAGCCCUUCUACUCAACGCUAGUUUACGUCGGCGCCUUCCAGUUGGUCAUGUCGUCCGUACUGACAUACUUCGAGAUGAGAAACCACAUCACAGUCAGGUUAAAGAUAUUGGAGAUUGAAGAAAAAGUUAUGGCUGAACAUGGGCUUGAAUAGUUUUAUUGUAAAUAGAUUGUUAAUUGUAUAAUUAGAUUAUGAAUAUUAUGAUUUGAGA